CCGGUUAACUAGUCAGUCUUGGUUUGUUUGGUUUUAAUAUUACUUGUCCUAUUGUCACUUCUGGUUGUGAGGUUAACCUGAAGGCCAACAGAGAUGCUGAAUUAAGUUAUGAAUCAAUUGUCAUGUUGCACAAAGAGGCUUCUGCAUUCUAUUCCAAUUUCAUCAUGUAGAAUAUUGGCUAUAAGGCAAAACUCAUCUGCCCAACAUUGGAAAACAAAUUAUGAAACACUGGGGGUUCCAAGCACGGCCAGUGAAAAAGAGAUCAAAGCUGCGUACAUAGAAUUAUGUAAAAAGUACCAUCCUGAUGCUAAUCCAAAUGAUCCACAAGCUCAACAAAAAUUUGUUGAACUUCAAAAAGCCUAUGAAAUACUGAGUGAAGAAAAGACUCUAAAGGAUUCACCAGCCGGAGUAACCAUGGACGAAAUAAUUAAAGAAUGCCGCCAGCAAGUAACGGCAGAGAAAUUAAAGGCAAGAAAGGAGAGGGAGGAGCGUGAACGUGAUAUUGAAUACACUCCCAACCAUGAAAGAAAUCUGUGGAUCGGGCCAAUUAUCUUUUUCGCUGGAAUCAUCAUCCUUGAAGGCAGACCUUAGUAUCACGCAAGGUACUCACCUUACCUCAUUAUUGGUGAAGAGAAUCAAUGUGGGAGAAAUUAUCAGAGAUGAUGUAUUCAAAUGUCAAUUAAUGGAUUUUAAAAGAGCAAACUGUGAACUCAUAAGGUUGACAGGUUCUUUGUGUGGACUGACACUAUGAUUUUAACGUACAAUGACUGAACUGUUACUGUAAUAAAAUUGUAAUAAAAUUGUUUUUGAAAAUA